GAGGGAGGGGGGGUGGGAGCCACGGGGGAGGGGUGGGGAGCACCAUGCAGUUUGUAUCCUGGGCCACACUGCUAACGUUCCUGGUGCGGGACCUGGCCGAGAUGGGGAGCCCAGACGCCGCCGCGGCCGUGCGCAAGGACAGGCUGCACCCGAGGCAAGUGAGAUUAUUGGAGACCCUGAGCGAAUACGAAAUCGCUUCUCCCAUCCGAGUGAACGCUCUCGGAGAACCUUUUUCCACGAACGUGCACUUCAAACGAAGGCGACGGAGCAUCAACGCUGCCUCUGACCCCUGGCCUGCCUUCGCUUCCUCCUCUACCUCUCCCCAGGAGCAUUACCGCCUCUCUGCCUUCGGCCAGCAAUUUCUGUUUAAUCUCACCGCCCAUGCCGGAUUUAUCGCUCCAACGUUCACUGUCACCCUCCUCGGGACGCCCGGGGAGAAUGAGACAAAGUUUUAUUCCGAGGAGGAAGCGGAACUUAAGCAUUGCUUCUACAAAGGCCAUGUCAAUACCAAGUCCGAGCACACGGCGGUCAUCAGCCUCUGCUCAGGAAUGCUGGGCACAUUCCGGUCCCAUGAUGGGGAUUAUUUUAUCGAACCACUACUGUCCAUUGACGAGCAAGAAGACGAAGAGGACCAGAACAAACCGCACAUCGUCUACCGGCACAGCACCCUGCACAGAGAGCCCUCAGCAGGAAGGCGUGCGUGUGACACCUCCGGUAUUUCCUCCCUGCUCCGGCAGAGCCCGCAGCUCUGUGAGAUGGAACACAGAAAUAGUCACAGCAAAGACAAGAGGAAAAUGAGAACAAGAAGAUGGGGAGAGAGGCGUACCCUGGCUGAUGAUGUGGCGGUGUUAAAAAGCAGCUUAGCAACAAAGGCGCUUUCUGCCUAUGGUAACAAGACGGACAGCACCAGGGAAAAGAGGACCCACAGAAGAACAAAACGUUUUUUAUCCUAUCCACGGUUUGUAGAAGUGAUGGUGGUGGCGGACUACAAAAUGGUUUUAUACCAUGGAACAAACCUUCAACACUAUAUUUUAACUCUAAUGUCAAUUGUAGCCUCUAUCUAUAAAGACCCAAGUAUUGGAAAUUUAAUUAAUAUUGUUAUUGUGAACUUAGUUGUGAUUCAUAAUGAACAGGAAGGACCUUCCAUUUCUUUUAAUGCCCAGACAACUUUAAGAAGUUUUUGCCAGUGGCAACACUCAAAGAACUCUGCAGGUGGAAUCCAGCAUGAUACCGCUGUUCUUGUAACGAGACAGGAUAUCUGCAGAGCUCAUGACAAAUGUGACACCUUAGGUCUUGCUGAACUGGGAACCAUCUGUGAUCCCUACAGAAGCUGUUCUAUUAGUGAAGACAGCGGAUUGAGUACGGCUUUCACAAUAGCCCAUGAGCUGGGCCAUGUGUUUAACAUGCCUCAUGAUGACAGCAACAAGUGCAAGGAGGACGGAGUCAAGAACCCCCAGCACGUCAUGGCUCCGACGUUGAACUUCUACACUAACCCCUGGAUGUGGUCAAAAUGUAGUCGAAAAUAUAUCACUGAGUUUUUAGACACUGGUUACGGCGAGUGUUUGCUUAAUGAACCUGCAUCCAGACCCUACCCUUUGCCUCACCAGCUGCCCGGCCUCCUUUACAACGUGAAUAAACAAUGUGAAUUGAUUUUUGGACCAGGUUCUCAGGUGUGCCCAUAUAUGAUGCAGUGUAGACGACUCUGGUGCAAUAACGUGGAUGGAGUAUGCCAAACUCAGCACACGCCCUGGGCAGACGGGACCGAGUGUGAGCCUGGAAAGCACUGCAAGUAUGGAUUUUGUGUCCCCAAAGAAAUGGAGGGCCCCGUGACCGAUGGAUCCUGGGGAAGUUGGAGUCACUUUGGAACCUGCUCAAGAACGUGUGGAGGGGGCAUCAAAACUGCUGUUCGCGAGUGCAACAGACCAGAGCCAAAAAAUGGUGGGAAGUACUGUGUAGGGCGUAGAAUGAAGUUCAAGUCGUGCAACACAGAGCCAUGUCUCAAGCAGAAGCGAGACUUCCGAGAAGAACAGUGUGCUCAAUUUGAUGGCAAACAUUUUAACAUCAAUGGUCUGCUUCCAACUGUGCGCUGGGUGCCUAAGUACAGUGGAAUUCUGAUCAAGGACCGUUGCAAGCUGUUCUGCAGGGUGGCCGGUAACACAGCCUACUAUCAGCUCCGAGACAGAGUGAUCGAUGGGACUCCGUGCGGCCAGGACACCAGCGAUAUCUGUGUCCAAGGCCUCUGCCGGCAAGCUGGAUGUGAUCACGUUUUAAACUCCAAAGCCCGGAGAGAUAAAUGUGGCAUUUGCGGUGGCGAUAAUUCUUCGUGCAAAACAGUGGCAGGGACAUUUAAUACAGUACAUUAUGGUUACAACACUGUGGUCCGAAUCCCAGCAGGUGCUACCAGUAUCGACGUGAGGCAGCACAGUUUCUCAGGGAAAUCAGAGGAUGAUAACUACUUAGCUUUAUCAAGCAGUAAAGGUGAAUUCUUGCUAAAUGGAGACUUCGUUGUCUCCAUGUCCAAAAGGGAAAUCCGCGUUGGCAAUGCUGUGAUAGAGUACAGCGGGUCCGACAAUGUAGUGGAAAGAAUUAACUCCACAGACCGCAUUGAACAAGAACUUUUGCUUCAGGUGCUGUCGGUGGGAAAGCUAUACAACCCUGAUGUGCGCUAUUCUUUCAAUAUUCCAAUCGAAGACAAACCCCAGCAGUUUUACUGGAACAGUCAUGGGCCCUGGCAAGCAUGCAGCAAACCCUGCCAAGGGGAGCGGAAGCGAAAACCUGUUUGCACCCGGGAAUCUGAUCAGCUUACGGUUUCUGAUCAAAGAUGUGACCGACUGCCCCAGCCAGCACCCAUUACCGAACCUUGCGGCAUAGACUGCGACAUGAGGUGGCACGUUGCCAGCAGGAGCGAAUGUAGUGCCCAGUGUGGCUUGGGUUACCGCACAUUAGACAUCUACUGUGCCAAAUAUAGCAGGCUAGAUGGGAAGACCGAGAAGGUUGAUGACAGUUUUUGCAGUGGUCACCCCAAACCAAGCAACCGGGAAAAAUGCUCAGGAGAAUGUAACACAGGUGGCUGGCGCUAUUCUGCAUGGACGGAAUGUUCGAAAAGCUGUGAUGGUGGAAGCCAGAGGAGAAGGGCUAUUUGUGUCAACACCCGCAACGAUGUCCUGGAUGACAGCAAAUGCACACAUCAAGAGAAAGUCACCGUUCAGAGAUGCAAUGAGUUCCCUUGUCCACAGUGGAAAACAGCAGACUGGUCAGAGUGCCUGGUCACCUGCGGAAAAGGGCAUAAACACCGCCAGGUCUGGUGUCAGUUCGGUGAAGAUCGAUUAAACGAUAGAAUCUGUGACCCUGAGACCAAGCCAGCCUCCAUGCAGACUUGUCAGCAGCCAGAAUGUGCGUCCUGGCAGGCGGGUCCCUGGGGACAGUGCAGUGUCACUUGUGGACAAGGAUACCAGCUAAGAGCAGUGAAAUGCAUCAUUGGGACUUACAUGUCCGUGGUAGAUGACAAUGACUGCAAUGCGGCAACUAGACCAACUGAUACCCAGGACUGUGAAUUACCGUCCUGUCACCCUCCCCCUGCUGCCCCGGAACCAAGGAGAAGCACACACAGUACACCAAGAACCCAGUGGCGAUUUGGGUCUUGGACACCAUGCUCCGCCACUUGUGGGAAAGGUACUCGGAUGAGAUACGUCAGCUGCCGGGAUGAGGACGGCUCUGUGGCUGACGAGAGCGCCUGCGUAACCCUGCCCAGACCAGUGGCAAAGGAAGAAUGUUCUGUGACCCCCUGUGGGCAGUGGAAGGCUUUGGACUGGAGCCCUUGCUCCGUGACGUGUGGGCAAGGCAGGGCCACCCGGCAAGUGGUAUGUGUCAACUACAGUGACCACGUGAUUGAUCAGAGUGAGUGUGACCCAGAUUACAUCCCAGAAACCGACCAGGACUGUUCCACAUCACCGUGCCCUCAGCAGACCCCAGACAGUGGUCUCGCUCAGCACCCCUUCCAAAGUGAGGAUUACGGCCCCCGGAGUGCCGGCCCCAGCCGCACCCAUGUGCUUGGUGGAAACCAGUGGAGGACUGGCCCCUGGGGAGCAUGUUCCAGUACCUGUGCCGGUGGGUCCCAGCGGCGUGUGGUUGUGUGUCAGGAUGAAAACGGAUACACCGCAAAUGACUGCGUGGAGAGAAUAAAACCCGAUGAGCAAAGAGCCUGUGAAUCUGGCCCGUGUCCUCAGUGGGCUUAUGGCAACUGGGGAGAGUGCACUAAGCUAUGUGGUGGAGGCUUGCGGACAAGACUGGUGGUCUGUCAGCGGCCCAGUGGUGAACAGUUUCCAGACUUGAGCUGUGAAAUCCUCGAUAAGCCUCCAGAUCGUGAGCAGUGUAACACACAUGCUUGUCCUCCAGACGCUGCGUGGAAUACUGGCCCUUGGAGUUCGUGUUCUGUCUCUUGUGGUCGAGGGCAUAAGCAACGAAAUGUUUACUGCAUGGCAAAGGAUGGAAGCCAUUUAGAAAGUGAUUACUGUAAACACCUUGCUAAGCCAAAUGGGCACAGGAAGUGCAGAGGAGGAAGAUGUCCCAAAUGGAAGGCUGGCGCCUGGAGUCAGUGCUCUGUGUCCUGUGGCCAAGGCACACGGCGGAGAAGUGUGGGCUGUCAGAUGGGAGCACACAAAAUAGCCAGAGAGUCCGAGUGCAACCCGUACACCAGACCGGAGUCGGAGGGCGUCUGCCAAGCCCCGCCGUGUCCUCUCUAUGCUUGGAGGGCAGAGGAAUGGCAAGAAUGCACCAAGACAUGCGGUGAAGGCUCCAGGUACCGCAAGGUGGUGUGCGUGGAUGUGGACAAAGGCAGCGAGGUUCAUGGCGUACAGUGUGACCUGAGCCAGCGGCCUGUGGACCACGAGAGCUGUAGUUUGCAGCCCUGCGAGUAUGUCUGGAUCACAGGAGAAUGGUCAGAGUGCUCAGUGACCUGUGGAAAGGGCUACAAACAAAGGCUCGUCUCCUGUAGUGAGAUAUACACCGGGAAGGAGAAUUAUGAGUACAGCUACCAAACCACCAUCAACUGCCCCGGCACUCAGCCCCCCAGCGUCCACCCCUGCUACCUGAGGGAGUGCCCUGUCUCGGCCACCUGGAGAGUCGGCAACUGGGGGAGCUGCUCAGUGUCUUGUGGCGUGGGAGUGACACACAGAUCUGUACAAUGUUUAACCAACGAGGACCAGCCCAGCCACUUGUGCCCUGCUGAUUUGAAGCCAGAAGAGAGGAAAACAUGUCACAAUAUCUAUCACUGUGAGUUACCCCAAAACUGCAAGGAGGUAAAGAGACUGAAAGGUACCAGUGAAGAUGGUGAACAUUACCUGCUCAUCAAAGGAAAGCUCCUGAAGAUCUUCUGUGCAGGGAUGCAGUCAGACUACCCCAAAGAGUACAUUACGCUGGUCCAUGGCGACUCAGAGAAUUUCUCUGAGGUGUACGGGCACAGGUUGCACAACCCAACCGAGUGUCCCUACAACGGGAGCCGGCGGGAUGACUGCCAGUGUCGGAAGGACUACACGGCAGCUGGGUUUUCCAGCUUCCAGAAAAUCAGGAUAGACUUGACAACUAUGCAGAUAAUCACCACUGACUUACAGUUUGCCAGGACGAGCGAUGGGCACCCUGUCCCUUUUGCCACAGCUGGGGACUGCUACAGUGCUGCCAAGUGCCCACAGGGUCGUUUUAGCAUCAACCUUUACGGAACCGGCCUGUCUUUAACUGAAUCAGCCAGAUGGAUAUCACAAGGGAAUUAUGCUGUCUCCGACAUUAAGAAGUCCCGGGACGGUACCCGAGUCAUAGGAAAAUGCGGUGGUUACUGUGGAAAAUGUACCCCGUCCUCUGGCACUGGCCUGGAGGUCCGAAUUUUAUAGUUAAGGUGCUCUGAAGAGGAAGCCAUUAUGGGAUGGAUGAAGGAUAGUCAUGCAAUACCUCCACCUUAAAUUUGUGUGUGUGUGUUUGUGUGUGUGUGUGUACUUGUAUGAGUGUGUGUGUGUACAUAGGCACAUAUAUACAUAUAUAUACACACACACACACACGUCAAUGUAUAUAUGUGUGUGUGUGUAUAUACAUGUGGAAUAUGCUAAUGAUGUAAAGUUUAAUAUUUAUGUUUGAAAUUAUUUAUUGUGAUGUAAUAUUUUUGUACGUAAAAUGAUUCUAUUAUGGCUGCCUUUUACAUUAUUUUGUCCCUUGCAGUCAGAUCACUGCAUUUUACGUACUCUACGUUAUAUGUAGUACUAUGACAAAAGUGAUCCCUCGUUAUCACGGUACACUAUUGUUUACUUUCUCUCUGUAAAGAUUUUAUUGUUACUUUUUGAGAAUUGUACUUUGUUUGUUUAAAACAACCUAGCUGCCGUCAAGGUGCUGCAAGAGUUGUGUAAGUGUAUUUUGGCAUUUCUAGGAGAGUAUCAGCCAAAAGGAAUGUAGUGACGUCACAGAUCAUUCCAGCUAUUAGUUAUGUUAACUAUUCAGUUUCAUGUGAUCUCUGGGAAAAAAAAAAAAAUUGCUGCCUUGGUGCUAUAUAUUGUAUAUACUUAAGUGAUCAUCAGACUCAGAAAUGUAAACAUUUUUAAUAAAAGGGAGGAAUGGAAGGACAAUUUGCAAUGGACAGAAUCACUUGGAAAAAUAAGACCAGCUUGUUUAUCCUUAUUUUUGGACAUGCCUGUUUGGGAAGAGAGUUGGACUCUCUUCUUCUUUUUUUGUUAUUAACACUCCGCUUCAGUUCAUGGUGCCUUGAUCUCUCUGAAGUGAAAUGGAGGAUACCCCAAAGCGACUUCAUUACAGAGUGAUACUGAGAAAGUGGGAUCCUCUCAACAGUUUGCCAAGAUGUUCUAAAGCGCUGUCCAAGUUUAUCAGUUGCAAGACCGAGGAUGCUCAGGAUGGAGUGACCCUCAGCACCCCCUGCACCCCAGAGAAGUUCACAACCGGUUCUUAGUCAUCAGGACUGCCUUGUGCAUAAACACCUGGGCUGGUGACAUGACUUCUCUUCGGGACGUGAGCCUAAGACCCUGCCAGUGUUCAUGGCUGCUGCUAUAACCAGCAUUUGUGAGAAGACAAACUGCAGAGUACAAGACGCCUGGAUCUUUCUCAUCUUCCAUUAAUCUACUGCUUGUUACUUAUUUCCAAAAUGGAAGUUGACGUCAGUGUCUUUCUGCCCUUCUGACCUGAUUGAAGGGAAGUCAUUGCCCGUGGCCCUUGGCAGGUGCUUGGUUUGAGAAAUGCUGCCCACUUCCGCAACCCGAAGAGCCGAGGAAAAACCUGGCAGUAACCUCCAACGCCAAACGAACUCCAGAGCGCUCCAGAAGAAGUUAUACUCAGUGUAUGAAUAAGUGCUAUUCUCCUUUAUUAAUACAUUGUGAAAAUAUACUAUGAAUAAAUACCAUGAGCACGUCCGAACAUUUGUGUUUUACAUGGUUUCUGCACUCUUGAUUCAAGUAGGAAUGAAAAUCCGUCUAAUUUUUAAAAUCGCCGGAUUGAAAAGCAAGGCCUAUUUUCGCAAUCCCAUUGAUUACAGUUGCCACUCCAGAGUUAAUAAGGGACGGGGACUCUCCCCAAGGUCUGCUUUUUCAUCAUUGAAAUCAGUUGAAGUGGUUCUGAAAGAGACAUUACUCUCUCGUCUGUGUGGGGAACAAAUGAACAAAUUAAACAGGAGAUUUAAGUGGGCUUGGGGGCUUCAUUGGUAAUUUUAUGGGGCAGGAGUUUCUGCUGUGUGUACUUAACGGUGUCCAGGGAAAUAAGAGCUUUCCAAAGAAGCCAAAUAAACAGCAAAGAGUAAGUGUGCAUCCACCAUACG